AUGGACGUCACUGACACGAGAACGAUACUCAUCAACGACGACGUCCCCGACCUCCCCGCCAUUGCCGAGAGGAUGGCCACGACGACGGCGAGGCUGGAGGCCGAUUUCUCCAAGGUGGAGAGCAAGAUCCACCGGUUCCCCGGCAGCCUGCGAGGAAUCGGCGGCGACAACGAUCGCUACAUCGUCCCCAGCGUGGUGGCCAUCGGGCCGUACCACCACGGCGCGCCGCACCUGCACAAGAUGGAGGAGGUCAAGCUCGCGGCGGCCUACUACCUCUGCGGGGCCUCGGGCCGCUCCACCGCGGAGGUGUACGAGAAGGUGCGCUCCGUCGCGGGCGCCGCCCGGGGCUGCUACGACGCCGACGACCCCGCGGUGGUGGGCCUCGGCGACGCCGAGUUCGCCGCCAUGAUGUUCCUCGACGGCUGCUUCCUGCUGCAGUACAUGGUCGCCGGCGGUGACGUCGAGCACGACGCGACGGCGCUCGUGCUGCAGAACCGGAUGACGCUGUCCACGGGGCCCAGUAUCCAGAAGGACAUCUUCCUGCUUGAGAACCAGAUCCCCUGGCUGGUGCUCGACGCGCUCGCGGAGUUCAUGUUCGUCGACGUGGGCGGGUUCGUCACCGGGAUGGGCGACAAGUUCCUCCCCUUCCCCAGGAAGGCAAGGAAGCCGGAGGAUGGCCGCUGCUGCCGCCGGGGGAUGCGCUGUGGAUGCAUCCCGACGGCGCUGGCCAAGACGACGCGGCCGUCCGAUGAAGAAAGCCGCGGCGUCGUCGGCAGCACCGAACAGCACAAGCCGCCGCCGCCGCAUCUCCUCGGUCUGCUCAGGUUUACUCAGGUGGGCUGUAUGCCUGAUAAUAAGAAGAACUACACGGGCGUCUCGUCGUCGUGGUCCAGCAGCGCCGUGGAGCUCGCGGAGAUGGGCGUCGUCCUCACGCCGAGAACGGAGGUCUGGUUCGGGGACAUGAGCCUCCGGCGGCGCUGCCUGUACGGCGAGCUGUCGCUGUCGCCGGUGUUCCUGAGCGACGUCACCGCGUGCUGGCUCGUGAACAUGGCGGCGCUGGAGGCGAGCACCGCCGGCGCGGCCAGGGACACGGACGGUUUCGUGGUGAGCUCGUACCUGUCGGUGCUCGCGAUGCUCAUGGACCGCAAGGAGGACGUGCACGAGCUCCGGCGGCGGGGCCUGGUGCACGGCGCCCUCAGCAACAAGCAGGCGCUGGGCUUCUUCAAGGGCCUCGGCCAGCACCUGCGCUUCGGCCGCCGCUACUUCACCGCCCUGGAGGAGAUUGACUCGUACAAGCGCCACAGGUCGGUGAGGAUCAAAGCGUACAAGUUCGUCUACAACUACUGCAAGUUCAUCGCCGCCUUCCUGUCUGUCACCGGCGUGCUCAUCGGCAUCUUUAAGACCCUUCUCUCACUCAAGCGCCAUUGCUAA